UUCACGUUGCUCUUUAGAAUAUCAACAAUUUAGAGUUCCAAAUAUGCCUUGUGAGGAAGCACACAUGACAAUUUAUAUAUAGCAGUAAAAAAAAGUAAUAACAGGUGCUAAUUUGUUAGUAUUAGUUUCAAAAAAAGGUUGUAAAGGAGAAACUAAAAGAGAUGGAAGGGAAAGAAAAAGGCAGCAACAGCAGAGUAUGUGUAACAGGAGGAACAGGAUUUGUUGGAUCAUGGCUCAUUAUGAGGCUUCUUCAACAUGGAUACUCUGUCAAUACCACCAUUAGAUCUCAUCCAGACAAGAAGAGAAAUAUUAGCCACCUCACAAACCUCGAAGGUGCAUCAAAGAGGCUUCAAAUUUUCAAUGCUGAUAUCAACAAACCACAAAGUUUUGCUGCAGCAAUUGAAGGAUGUGUGGGAGUUUUCCAUCUAGCUCACCCAAUGGAUUUUGAAGAUGAUGAAGUCGACGAAACCAAGGUCAAAAGUGCCAUUACAGCAACAUUAGCGAUUUUACAAGCAUGUAUCGAUUCAAAGACAGUUAAACGAGUCGUAUACACUUCUAGUGAUGUUGCUGUUAUAUUUAACGAUAAGGGCUUAGACAUUGUAGAUGAAAACUCUUGGAGUGAUGUUGAUUUCAUCAAAUUUGCAAAGAUUGUGCCAUCGUAUUCAGUGUGCAAAACAUCGACAGAGAAAGCUGCAUUUGAAUUUGCAGAAAAAAAUGGACUUGAACUUGUUUCUAUAGCUCCUUCUUGGGUACAUGGACCUUUCAUAACUCCACACUGUCCCGACUCUGUUCGAAUUUUCCUGGGCAUGAUAUUUGGAAAUCGUGAACGUGUGCUAGAACAACAAAAGCUCAUUACUUUUGUACAUGUAGAUGAUGUGGUGAAUGCACAUAUCUUUCUUUUCGAGCAUCCAAAUGCAAAAGGAAGAUAUAUUUGUUCUUCUGCAGAGACAACAAUACAUCAACUCUCCAAAUUUCUUUCAGCCAGAUACCCUCAAUAUCAAAUACCAAUUAUAGAAGAUUCAAUGGAGGAGAGCAGUGGCCUAAAAUAUCCUAGACUUUCAUCGAAGAAGCUGUUGGAUACUGGAUUUAAGUUUAAGUAUGGACCAGAGGAAAUGUAUGAUGGAGCAAUUGAAUGUUGCAAAAUGAGGGGUCUUCUCUAGUUACUACUAUAUUAUUACUAUUACUACUAUAUAUAAAAGAGCGAGUAGCAACUCUUUGAAGCAGAUAGCUGACGGUUGACAUUCCUGCUUGCAGCUGUAUAUGUGCUCCGUGAUUUUACUAUAUCACUCAAAGAUAGUUUAGGUAGUUUAUCACUGUAAUACUUAAAACAUAUUGUAUUUGCUUAUAUCAUAAUUAUCUUUUUUAUUGUGGGACAAGAAAAUCAACAUGUAUUUUGCCUUUUACUUUUGACUCAGGUCAAUAGUUUAUUCAAUUUCCCAACGAUGU